GGUACAGGUGUGGGGAAGUGAUGGAGAAAGGUCGGCAAAGCUACUAGUUGCUGAAGACAGAGCCGGCGGAGUAGUCCUGGGAAGACCAGCACUCCAACGGUGGCGUCUCUACCUGGGACGAUGUCCGGAACCGCCAGGCCCUCAACCACAUGAAGUCCAUGCGCCUUGGCGACCGCUGCUUCUUAUACCACUCCGGCGGAGGCGCCUCCACCUGCCGCAUCAUCGAUCGGCAUCGACGAGGUCGUCAAGCAGUGGUACCUCUCUUCAGUCCUCGACUCCUUCAGAGGCGACAGAGGAGGAGACGCGACAGGGGUGGUGGACGUCCGGUUGCUGGGCGAGAUGAGGCGCCCCGUCGAACUCCGACAGAUCAAGGUGGAAGACGACGCCAUGAAGGGUUUCGCGCUAUUGAAACAGCCACGGUUGUCCGUGGUACCCGUGCUCGAGGGGAUCUGGGAACGUAUUGUGAGAUGGGCGGCAGAUACGGAGAGACGACGAAGGAGGAGGAUGAGGAGGCAGAGACGGCGAUUCCACCACCACCAUCAUCUCCACCAGCUAACAAAUGAAUCAAGACGGAUCGGUUUCAGGAAGUCUGGAAAUCCUAGGAACUUGAAAUUGUUCAAUUCGAACAAGGAAAGGAAAGGGAAAAAGAAGCCUACAUGGGAAGUCGUAAAGGGUCCUCGACAACCUGAUGCUAAACAAUAUGGGUUUUAUGUGAUGAAAUUUAUGAGAGAAAUUAUUGAAGGAAAUGUUACCGGCGAGAAGGAUUCACUUAGCUCAAUGAUGAUCUUGCAAAGGGUGGAGCUGGUGAAGAUGCUUAGGUGUUUAUUUAUGCUCCACUAUUUCUGUCAUAAUCCUAGUAAUUUAAAUGUCUGAAACUAUAAUUUUCCUGCACCCAUUAUCAUCUAACAGUAUACAAAUAAAAAUUGCAUUGAAUUUUACCAGUUGUAGGACAAGGACGACCAGGUAAAGGAUGUUGUGAAAGAACAAUAUGGCAUAUGGGUUGGUGAUAGAUUAUUUUCAAAUACUAUUUGUCUACUGGAGUUGCAUCACCUAUGAGUUUAUGUUCAUCGAAUGGCUUGAUAUUGACAACGUCAUGUUUUUAGUAAGAUAUAUAUGGACAUUAGAGUGGCUCUAAUUCCAGUGUUCUUAAGUCCGUACUACUAGGCGUUGAGAUAUUUUGGUCUGUUUGAGAGUUUUUCAUGUUUACAUUUUAGUUCCUCAUACGUUUACAACUAUUGAGCUUUUAUAAUUAUGCAAUUGGAGAAGUGUUAGG